AAUAGGGGUGUUUGCCGGGUUUUAUUUAGGCGAGUGCUGUAAGAAUUUUAGUGAAUUGCAGUAAAACUUUGUUGAAGUUAUUUUCCUGGUAGUAGCAACAAAGGUCAAAGUGCAUUUGAACUGCUGUUCAGUGUACACUGUGAAAAAGCAAGGGAAAGGGAAUAAGAGUGUCCAACAUUUGAAAAUCUUCUGUAAACUCGAAUGAAUGGCAAAGCCUACAUGUACCAGCAUGCUCUUUGUGAAGGUCUCAACUGAAAUAUAUUGAGGUCUUCGCAUUUUUUUAAUUUAUUUUUUGUUGAAUUCUUUUGCCAUUGUUGUGCCGUAAAGUCUGUCUCAUUGGGCCUCUUGCAAGAAGCACCGGCAAGAACAGAUUUGUUCUUGAAAUGCACGUGCUAGUGAUCGAAGAAUAUUUGCGGCAUUCAUCAGUUUUCUCGUACUCAGAAUUUCCUCGGACGAAAUUCACGAGCGGUCCAGACCUGACAUAUGCUUGCUGCCAGCAGUUUUCUCUCUGAAGAUCAGUUUCUAUGUUCCAUCUGUCUGGAUGUGUUCACUUAUCCAGUCACCAUACCAUGUGGACACAACUUCUGCAAGACCUGCAUCACAGAACACUGGAAUAUUAAUCUACAGUGUCAGUGUCCUGUGUGUAAAGAUGUCUCUGACAAAAGGCCUGAGCUACGGGUCAACACAUUCAUAUCUGAGAUGGCUGCUCAGUUUAGACAGUCAGCUGUAAGGAAAACCAGCAGCUUCUCAGAGCAACAAUGUACCAACACAGGAGAAGUUCUCUGUGACGUCUGCACUGAAACCAAACUGAAGGCUGUGAAGUCCUGCCUGGUGUGUCUGACCUCCUACUGUGAGACACACCUGGAGCCUCAUCAGAGAAUCCCAGGCCUGAAAAGACAUAAGCUGAUCGAUCCUGUGGAGAACCUGGAAGACAGAAUGUGUAAGAAGCAUGAUCGACCUCUGGAACUGUUCUGCAAAACAGAUCAGAUGUGUGUGUGUCAGUUCUGCACUGAAUUAGAUCACAAGUCACAUGUCUUUGUGCAUCUGAUAGAAGAAUAUGAAGGGAAGAAGGUUGAACUGGGGAAAACAGAGGCUGGAAUUCAGCAUAUGAUCCAGAACAGACGACUGAAGAUUCAGCAGAUCAAACAGUCAGUGAAGUUCAGCAAGGAAGAUGCAGACAGAGAGACAGCAGCCAGUGUGCAGGUCUUCACUGCUCUGAUCCAGUCUGUUGAGAGAAAUCUGGCUCAGCUCAUUGACAUGAUUGAAGAGAAGCAGAAAACAACAGAGAAACAGGCUGAAGGCUUCGUCAAAGAGCUGGAAGAGGAAAUCUCUGAGCUGAUGAAGAGAAAUGCUGAAGUGGAGCAGCUCUCACGUACUGAAGACCACCUCCAGUUCCUCCAAAGCUUCUCAUCCCUGAACCCUGCUCCACCCACCAAAGACUGGACAGAGGUCAGAGUUCAGUCAUCAUAUGAGGAGACUGUGAGGAGAGCUGUGGCUCAGCUGGAGGAGACACUUGAUAUAGAAGUGAAGAAGCUGUGCACUAAUGUUGAGCUGAAGAGGGUCCAGCAGUAUGCAGUUGAUGUGACUCUUGAUUCUGACACUGCAAGUCCCUAUCUCAUCCUGUCUGAUGAUGGAAAACAAGUCAUAUGUAGUGACAUACACAUGAAUGUCCCAGACAAUCCACAGAGAUUUUCUGUUUGUAAUGCUGUCUUGGGAAAGCAAAGUUUCUCUUCAGGCAGAUUUUACUAUGAAGUUCAGGUUAAAGGGAAGACUGAGUGGGAUUUAGGAGUGGCUAGUGAGUCAAUUAUCAGGAAAGGAAAAAUCAGACUGUCCCCUAACAAUGGCUUCUGGACUGUAUGGUUGAGAAAUGGCAAUGAGUACAAAGCUCUUGCUGGCCCUGGUGUGUCUCUCUCUCUGAAGUCGAAGCCUCAGAAGGUGGGGGUGUUUGUGGAUCAUGAGGAGGGUCUGGUCUCCUUUUAUGACGUAGAUGCUGCAGCUCUUAUCUACUCCUUUACUGACUGUAACUUCACUGAGAAACUCUACCCAUACUUCAGUCCCUGCAGUAUUCAUGGUGGCAUAAACGCUGCCCCCUUGACCCUCACCUGUGCCACACAAAUUUGACUAAUCAUUUGAUUUCCUCUAGACAGUCAAGUCAUUCAAAGGAAUUCUCCUUAAUUUAGUUAUAGCACCUUAAACCUGAUAUACAUCUUUUUAUUGGCUGUCAGUAAGUUUCACUUAAAGGGCAGUCACCACCUGGAGCUCUUCACCCGCACAGGUUCCGUAUUACUUUUUUCUCUACAAACCCAUAGUUGGACUGGUACUGGUAUGAAUGGACUGCACCAAAUUACUCAAGGUUGGUCUAAUGUUUGUAUAAUGAAUUCAUUUGACUGUUGAUGUUUUCCAGAGAAUCAGUGUUGUAGCCAAAAACAUAUAUCAGGACAAAUAUGCAAUUUAUUGUAGGGGUUCUGCAUAGACUGUCCAAUGAACAAUAUGAUAAGCGAUUGGCUAUAGCUUUUGCUGUUGCCAAAAAGUUAAUAUUCAGUAAAGUACCUCAUCCAGUCAAGACUGGUUAAAUGCCCCGUUGAAAAUUGUGAAAAUAAAAGUCAUUUACUUCAAAAUUGGCACUCUCGAUUAUACUGAUAUAUGGUCAUCCCUUUUAGCAUCCAUGUCUUGAAGACUGAGAGAAAAAAAAAUAGUCUUUGUACUGAAUGUGUCAUGUAAACAUGAUUUUUGAAAUUUUUAUUUAUUUGUCCAACAUUUCGGUAUUUUGAUUUCUAUUUUGUAUUGCUUAAUUUGUUGUCUGUAUUAGAAGGGUCACAAAGCUUUCACAGGGAGAAUAAAUACAAGAAUAAAUAUUUAACUCCAAUAUCAUGUUAUUUGAGAUUAGACGCCUGACUGUCUGUCAUAUUAAUCAAAUUACAUGAUGGCUGUAAUGCUGCCAAACAUGGUUUUAACUUGUAAUGAUGUUACAUCCCUUCAGAAAGUUGAUCAAAUUUAAUAUUUAUAGGUUUAUGGACUGACUCUGACUCUUACUCUCUUUUAAACCACACACUAAUCACAUUAUAAAGUUCAUUUUGGUGUUGGUGUACAUCUUUCCAGGCACUGCUUUAUACUUAAUGUCAGAAAGACACUCCCUUCACAACUUAUAUUACCAAUAGUGGACUAUGCUGAUGUUGUUUAUUAAAAUGCUUCUAAAACCAAUGUUCCUCUCAAUGCUGAUUUGUACUAGGAUGUUCUUUUUUUAUACACCAUUGUACAAUACUUGAUACACUCAGAUGACUUUUUCUUGAUGCAAGAUGUCAGUCUCAGUGGUAACAGAUUAUUUUCAAAUGCAUUCAUUUUAACUAUCCUUAUUGCUUAAAACAAUUCUUAGUUUUUUGUACUUCAAAUUAUUCACUAACUCGCUCUCUUUAUGGUCCUAUUUGUUUCUAAGGAGGCUGGCAAAAUGUUUUUAUGUUUAGGGUCCUUCUGAUUGGAAUAAUCUACCUGUACAUAUCUGUUCUCUAUCUGCAUUUGGCUUAUAUAAAAAUGUUUUGUUCUCUUAUCUUAUCUCUUAACAAAUUACAAUUUCAAGAUACAGAUUAAAUAUGAAAAUGUAUAGUUUGUCAGAAAAUCAGUCAGACAAUAAUGCUUUCUGUGACUUUAUACAAUGACAUUUCUUAUGAUAGUGUCAAUCCCAAGGUUGUAACUCUUUUCUGUUUUUAUUAUUGAGUUUUGUUUGAGU